UUUUAUCAGAGCUUGAAGCUUAAACAAAAAACAACAAAAGUAACUACGACACAAACAACGAUAAAAACAGCAACAAAAUGACGGAUUUAAACGAAUUGAUGGGAUCUGCUUUUGUGCGCGUAAAGCUGGUUGCGUUCGUCCACUUUAUAUUCAUAUCGAAUGCCAUGAUGGGCAUGUGGGGUCAUGGAGCCUAUGAGUUUUAUAACUUCCUCUUUAUCAUAGCCAUGUUCUGGACGAUGCACAGUAAGGACUCCGUGGAAGCCAUACAAGCGGCAUUAAUAAUUGAUACGAGCAGUAUAUUCUUUGAUAUGGUGACCAUUAUUAUCAUGUUCCACGCCAUGAAUGGCUGGGCAGUGGCGUUUUCAAUUAUCAACCUGCUGAUUCGUCCUGUCAGUGUUAUCCUUUUGUAUCGUGAAUUCAAUACACGUGGCGGCAGUUUACAAACUGGAUCUGUAUUCCCCACCACAACACAACGAAGCUAUCAGGAUAUUGAUAGGCCAACACAACCAGUGCCAACCAAUUCACCACCAGGACCCAAUGUGGCAAGCAUUUUCUAAGUCAAACUGGAACCCGUCGACACGAUGGGGAAAA